UCAGGGGAUCCCCACAGGGCAGGGAUGGCACCCAUGUCAUUUGUUCGCCAGGUCUUGGCAGUGUGUCUUUACCCUGAGCUCAUUACAGAAAAAUGCCUCCCUCUGGAUGCCAGGCAGAGGGCACAGAAGCUUCUGGGGGCCUGCAGUGGAGGGAGCGUGGGCUCAUACUCUUUAACCUCCUGCGGUAUACCAUGCAUCAAGAAAAGUGUUGCUGAGUUCAUUAUGAGGAGAGAUGGUGGAGUGAGUUCGAACCCAGAAGAUAUCAUCUUCUCCAGUGGUUCUCAGAAGACUGUAAUGAUGGUUUUGCACCUGCUGGCCAGUGGGGACGGGAAGACUCAGACAGGCGUGUUGACCCUGAGGCCCUGUCCACACACCCUGCCCCCGCUGCUGGAUGAGGCCGGGGUGACUCCAGUGGCGAAGAGAUUCUUCACUCUCAGACAACUCUGUCCCAGAAUGCUCAGCGUGCUUGUGAGUUCCUGAAUGAUUUACCAGGGGUGAACUGCCAACCAGGGAUGGGGGGAGUCUUUCUUUAUCCCUGUCUGCAUUUACCACCUCAGAUGAUAGAGGAGGCCAAGAUGUUAGGUGUGGAGGCAGAUGUGCUUUAUUGCCAGAGGUUACUGGAGGAGGAAGGUGUAUGUUUGGGAGCUGGCUGUGAGAAUGGACAUGAAGAUCCAAACUACCACAUCAGGCUGUGUGUUUUGGCUCCUCCUGCCACCCUGGAGGAGAUCUUGGCACGACUUUGCUCUUUCCACCUGCGCCUGCUGGACACAUUUCCCUGACAGAAGUGUCAAGGACACCGACUUUGGAGAAAAACACCAAAGCAUGUUUUACAUGUUUUUCUCCCAAAAGGAAUACUGUAAAAUAUAAAUAAAUAAAAAAGUUAUUUCUUGAUCCUGCAAAGACUAAAAUAUACUUCGAUACUGUAUAAUAACUUGUGAAAUACGAGGUUUAAGCCAUCGAGUUACACUUUUGGUUUGCUCACCUAGGUAAAUAACAAAGUAAAGGUCCAACACAAACAGUCAAUAAAGGAUCUUUGAAUUAUUA